AAGCUUCAACUCACCAAUUAGAAUUUAUUGAUUUUUCCUAGAGAAAUAGAAUGCUUAGGGAGAAUUAGAAACCAUGAAACAACUUAAUAUUACCCUUUUGAUUCUCUCAAUCAUAUUCAUCAAUCAUGUUAGAGCACAAACACAAAGUUCAUCAUCACAAGAUGCUGUCUCAAAUUUCCAACCAAGUCUUGCUGUUGUCAUAGGAAUCCUAGGUCUUAUGUUUGCACUAACAUUCAUUCUUCUUAUUUUUGCCAAAGUAUGUCAUCAUAGACAACUACUUCCUCUUAGUGGUGAUCCAAAUAAUCAACUAUCAACUCUCAUGAGAUCAAGGUCAAGAUUUUCAGGUAUUGACAAAACAUCUAUAGAAUCACUUCCUUUUUUUAGAUUCUCUUCUCUCAAAGGUUCAAAACAAGGGUUGGAAUGUUCAAUAUGUUUGUCAAAAUUUGAAGAUGUGGAGAUUUUAAGAUUGUUACCAAAAUGUAAACAUGCUUUUCAUAUUGAUUGUAUUGAUCAUUGGCUUGAGAAACAUUCAAGUUGUCCUAUUUGUAGAAAUAAAGUCAACAUUGAAGAUGAAACAACCUUUGCAUACUCAAAUAGUUUAAGGAUGUUGGUAAGUGAUGAAUCAAACAUAGAGAUCUUUGUCGAAAGAGAAGAAGAAAAAGAAAAUCGACAUGGUUCAUCGAGAUUUAGUAUUGGAAGUAGCUUUAGAAAAAUCGGAAAAAGUAGUAUUAAUGAUGAAGAAUUGCUUAUACAAAAAGGAUCAGAAGAACGAGAAGAAUGUAAUCAUAUAUGUCAAUGUCAUACUGGUGACACUGGUAACAGUAACGUUUUUAAUCAAAAGUGUCGGUGUUACAGAGAUUUUCACAAACACAACCAUCAGAUUACUAUAUCUGAUGUUGUGUUUAAGCAUAGAUGGAGUAAUGUUAGUUCUUCGGAUCUUAUGUUUUUGAAUUCGGAGAUGAUUAAUGCUACAUCGAGUAAUAGAUUCAACAACAUGGAAUCAAAUUCUAAUGAUGGACCAAAAUAUGUGAAACAUGAUGGUGAGAAAAGAUCAGUUUCGGAAAUCACUGGUGUUUCUAGAUUUAGAGAAUUUGAUAUGAAGAAAAGGGUGUUUGGAGAUUGUUCAUUGGUUGAAAAUGAUGUUAAAGAGGAAAGAAUAAGGAAGCUUUGGUUUCCAAUUGCAAGAAGAACAGCUGAAUGGUUUGUGAAUAGAGAAAAUAGGUCUCAACAAAAGUCAUUUGUAGAUGUAUAAUUCAAUUUUCACCUUCCUAAGGUACAUAACAUAUGUUUGGAUUUAGCUCCAAUAAAUCUACGUUGUUUUUUCCCGAUAGUAUACCGUUAAUACAGUGAUUUAUAAAUUGCAGUCUGCAUCCGCAAAUAGAAUUACAACAUAAUAGUUUUAGAGGACUCGGCGAUGGGACAGUGGCACAACCCUAGUUAUGAACAUAUUUAUUAUUUAUUUUUGUUUGAGUUUCUUUGCUUCAUUUAUUCUUGUUAUUUGUAUCAAACUUGGUUAGUGCUUUAAUGCUAGAAAAAAAAACAGAAAUAUUUGUAGAGUUAAAAUUGAAUGAAUUAUUAUUUUUUGUUUUUUUCAAUUUAUUUAAUUGAUAUUGGAUUAAAUUACAACAUGACAGCUUAAUGUUGCUGUGAUGAAUAAGUCAUACUUUAUAUGCCUUCCAUUAUUUUUUGCUUAAGAUAUUAAAUUGUGCAUUAUU